AAUCUCUUUCUAUUAUCAUGGUCAGGAAAUACACAAUUAAUAUUACUAAUAUUCCUUGGACAGUGGGUCGUCACGAGCUCUGGCUGUAUUUCUCCCAGUUCGGUUGUGUGAAAAAUGCUUUUGUAGCGUUCGAUAAGAUAUCUGGUCUUCAUCAGGGUUAUGGACAUGUAACGUUCUUAAAGAAGGAAUGCAUAAAUGCCGUGCUCGAACGUAAGCAUUCUUUAGAAGGAAAAGAUUUAGUCUUAUACAAGAAAAAAGAAACUGAUCAGAGUAACACGUUCAAUUGAAGGUAUAUCA